CAUUUUAGGGAGAGCCAUUCCUUGACCUCUCUCUGGUGAGGUCACCAUCACACCUGCCUGCAUGGCGCUGGGUGUGGGCGGGGCUUGUUGAGUCCUCUCUGUAUAAAUAGCCGUGUCCCUUUGGGGGAAGCAUUAGCAGCCCUUCUGAGCUCCCACCAACACCUCUGGAACCAUGCCCAGCUCUCUCCUGCGCUCAGCGCUCGUGUUAGCAGCAGUCUGCUGUCUUACAAAUGCAGAGAGCGUCAUCACUUGUGAGGGCCGGAUGCAGCGACUGAGUUGUGAUGAAGGAGUGAUCAGUGUGCUCAAAGUGGCCUACGGACGGACUGACAGACAGACCUGCAGUGAAGGCAGACCUCCAGCACAGCUGGCCAACACUGCAUGCUCUCAAAAAGGCGCUUUGGAAGCCCUUGCAAGCAGGUGUAACGGUAGGAAAGUCUGUGAAGUGGACAAAAGGAUCUUCGGCGGAGACCCCUGCUAUGGCACCUACAAAUACACCCAAACCACGUACACCUGCCUCACUGCAAAUCAUGUCGUCGCCUGUGAGCUUUCCACGGCGGAACUCAUCUGUGAACAAGAGGAAGUGAUUAAGGUUAUUGGGGCAUUUUAUGGGCGCAACGACCGCACCACCUGUAUAUACGGUCGUCCUAACAAACAAAUUGAAAAAGUCACCUGCUUAAGUACAACUGCGACAUCAACGGUAGCUAAAAGCUGUGACGGUAAACGCCGUUGUACUGUCUAUGCUGUGAACUCAAAGUUUGGGGAUCCCUGUUAUGGGACCUUCAAGUACCUGGAACUGGCUUAUACGUGUGAAUCUCCCACCAACACCUCUGGAACCAUGCUCAGCUCUCUCCUGCACUCAGCGCUCGUGUUGGCGGCACUCUGCUGUCUUACAUAUGCAGAGAACAUAAACAUCACUUGUGGGAAAAACAAACAGCGACUGAGUUGUGAUGAUGGAGUGAUCAGUGUGCUCAAAGUGGCCUACGGAUGGACUGACGAAGAGACCUGCAAGGAAGACAACUCUUCAGAACAGCUGGCCAACACUGCAGGCGCUCUGGAAGCCCUUGCAAACAGGUGUAACGGUAAGAUAGUCUGUGAGGUGGACAAAGAGAUCUUCCAUGGCGACCCCUCCCCUGACACCUACAAAUACAUCCAAACCACGUACACCUGCCUCGCCGCACGUCAUAACGUCACCUGUGAGAAUGGGAAGGCGGAACUCUCCUGUGAACAAGAGGAAGUGAUAAAGGUUAUUGGGGCAUUUUAUGGGCGCAACGACCGGACCACCUGUGCAGAAAAUCAUCGUGACAAAGUUAAUAAAGUCAACUGCGUUAAUACAACUGCGACAUCAACGGUAGCUAAAAGCUGUGACGGUAAACCCCGUUGUACUGUCGAUGCUACGAACGAUGUGUUUGGGGAUCCCUGCCCAGGAAUCUACAAGUACCUGGAAGUGGCUUAUACGUGUGAAUGUCCCUUCUGAGGAGAGCAGCAGGCCUACACUACAAACACUUACAUCUGGAGACGCAUGCCCCCCCCUCCAGCUCUCCACCUGAUGAAUGAAUCUUGAUCUUGCUUUCUGCUUUUUUGCAUUAAAUGAUUAUUACAACUUUAAAACUCAGGCUCUCAUGCAGUCAUUUGUGUUGUGAAACAAAGAACAUCAGUGCAUACAAGUAGGCCUUCAUCUACUACCAGUGAGAAAUUAGUUUUGGGGACCGCAAUUUAUCAAUUGAACUUAUCAAGUUUCACCAUCUGAUGUUGAGUAAGUUUAACCUUCCGGGUUAACAGAUAUAGUAUAUACUAAAUGCAUUUUUAUACUCCCCAUCUAAAAAUACGGAACGCGAGUAAGGAGUAUUGAUUAUUUAUUUGACUUGGAAAGGAUUUAACACAAAAAAUCAGACUGGAUAAUAUAAUCAUGGGUAAUAUACUACAUAAUACUACAUUUACAACAGUUUUGUCUAUAACUCAGAUAAAAGGUUAAGUUAUAAACAAUUUAUUUCUUCUUUAAGAGCUAAAGACUAGCCAAAAUGUGUUUAAUCCUAUCGUCUGGGAUUAAAUAAUCACUGGUAUCAUGAGUUCAACUGAGGUUAAACUGUUACAAAAGGUCGGGGCUUUUCUGACAAUAAACCAGAAGACAGUUCAAAUUCAGAAUUCAGACUUUAAAGUCAGAAUUUAACAAAAAUUCCCGUGGCCCAAAUAUGGUAUGGACCAAAUUGAAUCCUCUGGGCCCCGUUUUUAAAAAAAAAUGUGGAGAUCCCAUGUUACGCUAUCCAGGACCACCUGAUCCAUCUAACUUUAAUGCCAGUUUAUA